AUGGGAUGAUCGCUCGCAAAUUCUGCGCCACAGGGUGCUUAUCCGUUGUCAUUGUGCUAAAACCUUAACCACGGAAUGCUACCGGCGAAAAAGAUGCCUGCAAUCGACGCAAGGAAGACUACGGCAAUGAGGAAGACGACAAUCAACCGGCUCAAGUGAUUUAAUGAUAUGUUUUUCCCCUUUUGUUGCACUUUAGGUGUGUGUAUUGUGAAUUAAGUCAAGUGAUUGAAGAUCCCAAAGAGGCAAUCAAGAAAAAUCCGUGUCCGUGAACGUGUAGGAAGUGCAGUGCGAUCCGCGGGAGCCUGCACCGAGUUGCGCACGUUGCGCAACUGCGAGUGUUCUCUCGAGUGUGACCCUGACCUUGGUGCGGUGAGUGCGUAGGUACCACCGUUGUCGACCCCAGCGCACAUCGAAAGCAAAGUGAAGAACCCGCGCGGGAGGACCUAGCGGGGGAGACACCGUGGACGCCCCUUCGGCGGUGAAGUUUCGGCUGGCUGGCUCGUGCUAGUUCGCUCGACAUUCGCGGAGCGGCAUGGGGACGCAGGGCCGGAGGAUGGCGCAGGAUCAUGACCGGUGGAAAACGAUGCGCAAUCUGGCGGCACCGGUGCUGCUGACCGGUUGGUGGUUCCACGUGCUACUGGUGGCCACCACGGCCGUGCGGGCCGAGUCCAGCAAACUAGAGUUAGGUGGAGGAAGUACAUAUAGGAAUGAUUCAGACGUGCCAUGUCCGACGGGGACGUUUCGGUGCUCCGAGGGCAAAUGCAUCCCGCAGACGUCGGUGUGCAAUUAUCAGAAAGAUUGCGAGAAAGGCGAGGACGAGUUCAACCACUGUCCUCCCCCGGAAUGCGAGCAGGGCCAGAUCAGCUGCGGCCAGUACGUGUUCAACAAGACGUACUGCAUACCACCGCACUACAAGUGCGACAUGACCGUCGACUGCGUGGACGGCACGGACGAGUCCGACUGCACAUACCGCAAGUGCCAACCGGACGACAUCCACUGCGGGACGCCGUCGCAGUCCGUGUCGGUGAACGGGCGCGUCGCCGACAUCUGUGUGCCAAAGGAGAAGAAGUGCGACGGUUAUCUGGACUGUCGGACCGGGGUGGACGAGGACGGGUGCCCGGGCAUUGCCUGCCAGCUCGAUCAGUUCCGCUGUGCCAACGGGCUGCGCUGUAUCGAUACGGUGCUCAAGUGCAACCACAAGAACGACUGCGGCGACAAUUCCGACGAGCAGAAUUGCAAUUUCCCGCCGUGUCAUGGAGGUCAGUUCCGAUGCGCAAAUUCGCUGUGCAUCCCGGCGACCUUCCACUGUGACGGUUACCACGACUGCUCCGACGAGAGUGAUGAGGCGAAUUGCACGGCGAUUGCCUGCCCGGAUAACAAGUUCCUAUGUCCGCGGGGUGGACCCAACGGUCAACCGAAGUGCAUCGCCAAAACAAAGUUGUGCGACGGAAAGCGAGACUGUGAGGACGGAACCGACGAAGAGACGGCUUGUUCUACUGCAUCAUGCCCGGCCUUGGGUUGCGAGUACAAAUGCGGUCCAUCGCUGACUGGUGGAGUGUGCUACUGUCCUCCGGGACGAACGCUCUCGCCCGAUAACAGGACCUGUAGCGAUCUGGACGAAUGUAACGUGUGGGGUCACUGCGAUCAGCUCUGUACCAAUACGGACGGAUCGUACUCCUGUGCUUGUGCGGGCGGUUACACGCUCAUGGACAGAUCGCGCUGCGUUGCCCCCACGGCAUCCAGUCUGGAGUUGAUCUUCGCUUACGAUCGUGCAAUAGUGCGGAUGAGUUCACACGGUCAGGACUUCAGGACAAUCGCCAACGCAACCGGAGCUAGUGGUUUGGCUUACCAUCACAGCAAGAACCUUCUGUUCUGGUCUGACAUCAAAACCCGCAAAGUUCAGUCUCAAGUUUUGGAAAAUGGAGGUUACGGUGGCCAUGAUUUUUCGUUGCCCGGCACAUGGGCUCCGGUUGCAAUUGCCAUCGACUGGAUCGGAGACAAGCUGUAUGUGGCGGACUUGGUCGGACAGAAGGUUGACGUGUUCGAACUUGAUGGACGAUGGCGCGCUGUAGUCCUAGGAUCGAACCUCACUAGCCCGGCUGACCUGGCACUGGAUCCAACGUCCGGUCUCAUGUUCGUCGCCGAUGGAAGUCACGUUCUGCGAGCUCAUAUGGACGGAACUCAUGCUAAAUCGAUUGUAUCUGAGGCUGCCUACAAAGCAUCCGGCGUUGCCGUGGAUGUUAUCGCGAAGCGAGUAUUCUGGUGCGAUUCGCUGCUGGACUACAUCGAAUCCGUCAACUACGAUGGAGAAUAUCGAGUCAUGAUUCUGCGUGGUCAACAAGUGCCGAGCCCAUCCCGUUUGGCGCUGUUCGAAAAUCGUGUUUUCUGGACGGAUGCCACCAAGCAGGGUAUUAUGUCCGUUGACAAAUUCGAAGGUUCGUCCAGCAUUCAAUCGAUCUUCAAAGCAAAGGAUAUCCGCGAACCUAAAGCGAUCAUCACCGUACAUCCGAUCGCUCAACCGAAGGUUUCAAAUCCUUGCGGAAGCAACAACGGAGGAUGCUCACAAAUGUGCGUAGUAACGGCAGUGCAGGGUGCUCCUUCCGGAUUGGGCUAUCGCUGCGCGUGUACCACCGGAUGGCAGCUGUCCAAGGAUCUGAUGAACUGCGAGCUAGUGCGACAGUUCUUGAUGUACUCGCAGCAGCGAUUCAUCAAGGGUAAGGUACUUGAUCCCGUCAUCGAAGGAUUCAGCGAUGCGAUUCUACCGGUUGUGUCCCGACGGGCUCGAUUCGUCGGUUUGGACUUCGAUGCUGUUGAUGAACACAUCUACUACUCGGACGUUCUGCAGGACGUGAUCUACCGGGUUCAUCGGAACGGAACCGGACGGGAAAUUGUACUCGCCUCACAGAACGAAGGCGUUGAAGGACUGGCCGUUGAUUGGGUUUCCAAGAAUCUUUACUACAUUGACAGUCGAAAGGGAACGUUGAAUGUACUGAGCACCAGGACGGUCGCCUACAGGAGAACUCUGCUGAAGAAUCUGAAACGACCACGUGCUAUUGUUGUGCAUCCGAACAAGGGAUACAUCUACUUCUCUGAGUGGGAUCGACCGGCAAAUAUCAGCCGAGCGAACUCCGACGGUACGGGCUUGAUGGUGUUCAAGAAUGUGACUUUGGGUUGGCCAAACGGUCUGUCGAUCGAUUUCAAGGAAGAUCGCGUUUAUUGGUGUGAUGCCUUGUUGGACCACGUCCAGCAUGCAAGCCUGGACGGUACGGACGUGAAGACGGUCAACUCACGACUGAUUCGGCAUCCGUUCUCGAUCGUGAUCCACGACGAGUGGAUGUACAUCACCGAUUGGCGCUUGGACGCGAUCGUCCGACUGCACAAGUUGACCGGCGAGCAGGAGGAGAUCAUGGUUCGUGAACCGCAAACUAACAGACUAUAUGGCGUGAAAGUGUUCAGUCGAUCGAUUCAGCUGAUCGAUUCGCAUCAACCGUGCGGAAUCAAUAAUGGCGGUUGCGAGAAGUUGUGCUUCGCGGUUCCGCGCAAUAGCUCCAGUGGAUUGACGGUGAAGUGCGGUUGUCCGUACGGGGAACGAUUGGGAGAUGACGGCAGGAGUUGCUUUGCGGAUCCGAAUGCUGAACCUCCGGUGCAGUCCUGCCCGAAUACGUGGGACUUUACGUGCAACAACCAGCGGUGUAUUCCGAAGAGUUGGAUCUGCGACGGAGAUGACGAUUGUUUGGACAACAGCGAUGAGGAGCAGAACUGCACGAAACCAACCUGCGGCACAAACGAGUUCCAGUGUAAAUCGGGUCGCUGUAUCCCGUUGAACUUCCGCUGCGACCAUGAGAACGACUGCGGCGAUCAUUCGGAUGAGUUCGAAUGCGGAAACGUGACUUGCGCGGCAUCGCAGUUUGCGUGCGAGAAUGGACGCUGCAUUCCAAACAUCUGGAAGUGCGACAGCGAGAACGACUGCGGCGAUGGAUCGGAUGAGGGUGAUUUCUGUGCGGAGAAAACGUGUGCGUAUUUCCAGUGCACGUGUCCAAGAACGGGUCAUCGUGUACCACAGAGUUGGGUGUGCGACAGCAAUGACGAUUGCUUCGACAAACAGGACGAGAAGGACUGUCCAUCGAUUACGUGUUUGGCGAAUCAGUUCAAGUGUAACGAUCUGCGGCAGUGCGUUGAGGAAACGUACAAGUGCGAUGGAAUUCCGGAUUGUAACGACGGAAGUGACGAACUUGGAUGUCCGACGAUGGAACCGAAUCAGUGCAAUUUGGAGAAGCACUUCCGGUGUAAAUCGUCCGGGGUGUGCAUUCCGGUUGCCUGGCAUUGCGAUGGGUCCAACGAUUGCGAGGAUCACUCGGAUGAGGAGGACUGCGGAAAGAUCACUUGCCCGAACAACUUCUACAAGUGCAAGAACUCCAAGUGUGUCUACAAGUCGUACAUCUGUGACGGUAAGGACGAUUGUGGCGAUGGGUCGGACGAAUCUACCGAGCAUGCUUGCGUGACCCCACCGUUGAAGUGUCCGCAUGGUCAAUGGGCAUGUCCUGGAAUAACCGAACGUUGCGUCAAUCUAACGUCAGUAUGCGACGAUGUCGAGGAUUGUCCUAACGGUGCUGAUGAAGGUCUCGGCUGCGAUCUGGCUCAGUGCACGCAUCAAACUGGUCUGUGCUCCAACGGUUGUCAAAAAACUCCUUUGGGAGCACUCUGUAUCUGUCCUCCAGGCGAAGAACUUGCGCCGGACAACUUCACUUGCAUGGAUCUUAACGAAUGCGAUCCACCUGGCCUAUGUUCCCAAAUCUGUACAAACACGAAGGGAUCGUACUUCUGUUCCUGCACGGAAGGCUAUACUUUGGCAUCGAACAAACACACCUGCAAGGCGGUGAACCACUCUUCAGCCUUCUUGAUCAUUUCCAACCGUCACUCAAUAUUGGUUGCGGACCUGAACGAACAAGGACUGGAACGUGUGCCGAUCAUCGUGGAAAACGUGGUUGCAACCGCUUCCAAUAUGCACACCGGCACCAUCUUCUGGAGUGACAUGAAGCUCAAAAAGAUCUCUCGGUUAGAUCGCGGACAAGAACCGCGGGAGAUCAUCUCGACAGGCUUGGAUCUUGUUGAAGGUCUCGCAUACGAUUGGAUCGGACAGAAUCUCUACUGGUUGGACAGCAAGUUGAACACGAUCGAAGUUUGCAAUGAAAAUGGAUCAAACCGCUUGGUACUGGUCCGCGAGAACAUCACCCAGCCCCGUGGAAUGUGUUUGGACCCGAGCCCUACCGCCAAGUUCCUCUUCUGGACCGAUUGGGGUGAGAACCCACGUAUCGAACGAAUUGGCAUGGACGGUACAAUGCGUGAAACCAUCAUCAACACUAAAAUCUACUGGCCCAAUGGACUGACCUUGGAUAUUGCUACGCAGCGCGUGUACUUCGCGGACUCGAAACUGGAUUUCAUCGACUUCUGCUACUACAAUGGAACAGGACGCCAACAAGUGUUGGCCGCUAGUCACUAUCUGCUUCACGCCCAUUCCCUCUCGCUAUUUGAGGACACCCUCUAUUGGACGGACCGUCAAUUGAAUCGAGUUCUCUCCGCGAACAAAUACCGCGGAAGCAACCAAACCGUCGUCAGUCAUCUAAUUUCACAGCCCCUGUCGAUCCAUGUUCAUCAUCCAUCACUUCAACCCAUGUACGAGAGCCCUUGCAAGUUGGCAACAUGUCAGCACAUAUGUCUGCUCAGUCCGUCGGAGAAAACUGGAUAUUCCUGCAAGUGCAAACCAGGCUUCAAGUUGAUGUCCGACGGACGUUGCGUCGAAGAGGAGAACGCCUACCUCAUGGUGCUGAAGAACAAUCAGAUCGUUGACAUCCCCUUCAAUGGCGGUGACCUCCGAGCUGGAAGCAUGAUCCCAGUCGUAGGCAUCGAAAGCGGCAUCAGCGUGGACUACGACCGUAAGGGUGAGACUCUAUUCUGGAUUCAGGGCAAGGAAGACGACGACGAGAACUGCACGGUCUACACGACGCCGUAUGGAGGAGGCAACAAGACGCGUUUCCUUGGAGCGGACAAUGGACUUGUAGGUGCGGCCUACACAAUCGCGUUCGACUGGAUCGGACGAAACCUGUUUAUUGGAAAUCGGCUGGCAAGUAACAUCGAAGCCAUUAAGGUGGACGGAAAAGUGAAGUACCGAACGAUCGUGCUGGUCAACGACGGUGACAGGACUUCGAUAUCUAAACCAAAGCAGAUCGCCCUGGAUCCAACAAACGGCAAACUAUUCUGGAUCGAUGAGGGCGGCUUCGGAGUUCCCACCAAGGUCGCAAUGGCCAACAUGGAUGGUUCAAAUCCUAUGAUCCUGGAAGAAACGGUACAAUACCCGGAGGCAAUCACCAUCGACAUUGAGAAGCGUAUGGUAUACUACAGCUCGCAGCAUCCACCGGAGGUAGUGUCGAUCGAUUAUGAUGGAAACAAUAAGAAGACUAUUCUGACUGAGCAGAACGGAAUCGCUAAGCCGCGAGGUCUUGGCGUUUUGGAAUCGAGGUUGUACUACAUGGAUCCCACCUACGAAAACAUUGUACGGGUAGACCUUCCAAACGGAGACAAUCCCAAAACCAUCCUGGAUAACGAACCCGACCUAAAGAACAUGAUCAUCUACAAGAAACGAUCGAUGCUGCAGCACCCCUGCAUGAUGAACAACGGAGGCUGCGAACAUAUCUGUAUUCCACACGACAACGGAGCACGUGUUUGCGCAUGCGGCAUGGGCUAUAAGAAGGACAACGAAGUUUCGUGCAACGCCUACAAGACGUUCGCCGUGGUGUCCCAAUUGGACAUGACCCGAGGCUACAGUUUGAAGGAUUCAUCCGAAGCUAUGGUGCCAAUUACCGGCGCAGGACAUCACAUUCUACACGUAGACAUUUUGUACCGGGACUCGUGGAUCUAUUGGGUCGAGUACAAUCGUGGACACUGGAAUGGAAUCUUCCGUGUUCGACCCAACGGUACGGAACUUCAGGGCGUUAUCAAAGACGGCAUCGGAAGCAAUGGAAUCCGUGGCAUCGCGAUCGAUUGGGUUGCCGGAAAUAUGUACUUCACGAACGUAUUCCCUCAUGAGAACUAUGUCGAGGUCAGUUGGCUGGAUGGAACGCACCGAAAGAUCAUUGUGAAAACUACGAACGAUGCUCCUCGUGAGCUGGCAGUGAAUCCUAUCAAACGACUUCUGUAUUGGAUUGACUACGGUCAGUAUCCCCGCAUCGGAAAAUGCUAUUUGGAUGGAUCCAACUGGACCCCGGUUGUUACCUCGGGAAUUUCGAACCCUCGUGACUUAACCGUAGAUAUGCUGACGCACGAUGUCUACUGGGUCGACUCCAAACUGGACAUGAUCCAGAAGAUUUCUUACAACGGAGGAAAUCGACAGGUCAUUCGCCGUAACCUCGCGAACCCGAUGGCCAUCGCUGUUUACUUAACGGACAUCUACUGGGUUGAUCGCAACUUACUGACCGUAUUCAAGGCCACCAAAUUCCCCGGAAACAACACCCUUCCGGAGAAGGUUCGUACCAAUCUGCAGAAGCUGCGAGAUAUCUCAAUCUACGACAUCAACAACCAACCCACCGAUGAUAACAACCCUUGCCUGCGGCUCGGAAACGGUGGUUGCGAUCAACUCUGCUUCAGCUUCCCUCCGGAGUACAACCAAAAGCCGAACUUCAAGUGCGACUGCUCCGUCGGACGGCUGGCCGCCGAUGGUCGACGCUGCGAACUGGCGGACGAAUACGUGGUGUUCUCCACACGAACGGAAAUCCGAGCGAUCGAAUUGAACCCUGCUUCCACCAAUGUUCCAUUCGCCCCGGUCGUCAACCUUACCAACGUCGUCGGUCUCGAUUUUGACUACGCCGACAACAAGCUGUUCUUCACGCAAAUUCGACCAUGGGCUAAGAUCGCGUACACCAAGGGUGACAAACCGGACGCAGCCAGUAUUAAGCCGGUCAUAACCCGAGGAAUCAAUCCGGAAGGUAUUGCGUACGAUUGGACACAGAAGAAGAUCUACUGGACGGACAGUUCGAACAACUCGAUCUACGCGAUGAAUAUGGACGGUUCGGAUCUGGUGAUGAUCACCCGAGUGGAGCGACCACGUGCGAUCAUUCUGGAUCCUUGCAAUGGAACGCUGUACUACACCGAUUGGGGACGUUUCGGUACGUCGGGUAAGAUUUUCCGGACGACGAUGGCCGGUUCGCUGAAGCGGGCUAUUAUCGAUAAGGAUCUGUCGCAGCCAAGCGGUUUGGCGAUCGAUUAUGACGAGAGGAUGCUGUACUGGACGGAUGCGGUGCGUGAGAAGAUCGAACGGUCCCGGCUGGACGGUAAGGAUCGUGAAGUGCUCGUGUCGGCAACGAUUUAUCCGUUCGCGAUCACGGUGUUCAGGAACUACAUCUAUUGGACGGAUCUCCAGCUGAGGGGUGUUUAUCGGGCGGAGAAACACACGGGAGCUAAUAUGAUCGAGAUGGUGAAGCGGUUGGAGGAUUCGCCGAGAGAUAUCCACGUAUACAGCCACAGCCGGCAGCAAUGUCAAGCGAAUCCAUGUCUGCAGAACAACGGCGGAUGUGCCCAGAGCUGUCAUCCGGGACUGAACGGAAAGGCGGAGUGCAAGUGCGACGAUUCUACCAAACCAGUUAACGAAGGAAGGAUGUGCGCACCGAAGAACCAUACAUGCGAUUCGAGCAAGUUCUACUGUCAGAACGGAAAGUGCAUCUCGAGGAUGUGGUCUUGCGAUGGGGAUGACGAUUGCGGAGAUAACUCCGAUGAAGAUACGAACUACUGCGCGUUCCAUUCGUGCGGCCCGAACGAGUUCCGCUGCAACAACGGUCGGUGCAUCUUCAAGUCAUGGAAGUGCGACCACGAGAACGACUGCAAGGAUGGUUCGGAUGAGGAGAACUGUUCGUAUCCGCCGUGCGUGGAUGGGGAGUUUACGUGCAUGAAUGGACGGUGCAUUCCGCAGAGUCAAGUGUGCAACGGAAUUAACGACUGUAAGGAUAACGCAACUUCGGACGAAACUCAUGAGAGGUGUCCGACGAAUACGACGUGCCCGGCGAAUCACCUCAAGUGCGAUAAGACGAAUAUUUGCGUGGAACCGUAUUGGCUGUGCGAUGGAGAUAACGACUGUGGGGAUAAUUCGGACGAAGAUCCGCUGCACUGUGCGCAGCGAACGUGUCCGCAGAAUAGUUUCCGUUGCCCGAACCAUCGGUGCAUUCCGGCUACGUGGUACUGCGACGGAGACGAUGACUGUGGAGAUGGAGCCGAUGAACCGCCAGAGUACUGCAAAUCAGAAGGUAGGACGUGCUUCGGUGAUUUGUUCACGUGCGACAACGGCAACUGUAUUCCGCGAAUCUACAUCUGCGAUGGCGAUAACGAUUGCCUGGACAACAGUGACGAGGACAACCGGCACCAGUGCAACGAUAGGAAAUGCGACGAGGAGACGGAGUUUACGUGCAACGAGAACAAGAAUUGGGCCCGAGCGCAGUGCAUUCCCAAGAAGUGGAUCUGCGAUGGGGAUCCGGACUGCGUGGACGGAGCGGACGAAAAUACGACACUGCACAACUGCCCGACGCCGCAGCCCUGCAGCGAUGAUCAGUUUACGUGCACGAAUGGAAGGUGUAUUAAUCAGGGCUGGGUCUGCGAUCACGACAACGACUGCGGCGACGGCUCGGACGAAGGCAAAACGUGCAACAGCCAGUACAAGACCUGUUCGACGCAGGAGUUCACCUGUCAGAACUUCAAGUGCAUCCGGAACCAGUAUCGGUGCGACGGUGAGGACGACUGCGGCGAUCACUCGGACGAAGUGGACUGUAAGAAGGACAACAACACCUGCUCGGAGGGCAAGUUCACCUGCGCCAAUGGGCAGUGCAUCGACAGCCAUCUGGUGUGCAACAAGGUUCCGGACUGUUCGGACGAAUCGGACGAACCGCUGCACUGCAACGUGGACGAGUGUGCCAAGGUGGAGAUCCACCGGUGCGGACAUAAGUGCGUGGAUACACCGACUGGGUACUACUGCGAUUGUAAUUCUGGUUAUAAAUUAUUGGAAGACGGUAAAGCCUGUGCGGACAUCGACGAGUGUAUCGAAACACCAGGAGUUUGUUCACAGCACUGUUCCAACACUCCAGGAUCGUACUACUGCAAAUGCGACGAUCGGUACUACGAGCGACAGAACGACGAGCACACGUGCAAACGUAAGGACGCUACUCAGCCUUGGCUGAUCUUCAGCAAUAAGUACUACGUGCGUAUUAACAUGUCAGUGGACGGACAUCAGUACAACCUGAUCCACCAGGAUCUGAUGAAUGUGGUGGCGAUCGAUUUCGACAUGAAAGAGGAGGAGAUGUACUUCUGUGACGUUACGGCCAAGACGAUAUUCAAAUCGACAUUCGGAUCCAUCAAGGAUGAUGUAAAGAUCGUGAAGGUUCCGAUUAUCAAGCACGAUUCUCAUGGCUUGGAAGGAAUCGCCGUAGAUUGGGUCGGACGUAAACUUUACUGGUUGGACAGGCAUUAAAACUUGGAUGUCUCUGAGUUGGAUGGUACAAAACGAAAGACAUUGAAGAGUGGAGUCGUUGAUCCUCGAGCGAUCGUUGUACAUCCUGGAAUCGGUUAUCUUUAUUUCACUUCUUGGCAUCUGCAGGCCUACAUUGCCAAGAUGGGUAUGGACGGAUCGAACUUCACCCGUAUCCUAACCUGGGAGCAGGACAUUGCUUGGCCAAACGCUUUAACCAUCGAUUACUUCACCGAUCGCAUCUAUUGGGCUGACGCCCACUUGGACUACAUAGCGUUCUCCGAUUUGGAAGGUCGACAUCGCCACGUAGUUCUGUCAGGAAACAAAGUACCACACGUCUUCGCCCUUUCGAUUUUUGACGAUAUGCUGUACUGGACCGAUUGGAACCUCAAGGCAAUCAUCCGUGCGAACAAAUUCACCGGGGAGAACUUUACCGUCAUCAGAAAUACCACGCACAGACCUUAUGAUAUCCAUAUCAGUCAUCCACUGAGACAAAUUGCGUACAACAAUCCUUGCGGAGCGACUAACGGAGGUUGCACCCAUCUGUGCCUGUUGGCUCCACCACUGGAAUCCACUUAUCUGAACGUCGAAGGCUACAUCGAGGAAGGAGCUCCGAGCUACAAGUGCGCCUGCCCGAACCAGUUCUACCUUGCUCGGGACAUGAAGACCUGUAUCGCCAACUGCACCACCGGCCAACACCGUUGCGGCGGUGCUGACGAGAAGUGUAUUCCGUGGUUCUGGAAGUGCGACGGCGAACCGGAUUGCAAGGACAAGUCGGACGAACCGGAAACGUGUCCGGCGCGGCACUGCCGAGCAGGAACCUUCCAGUGUAGUAACGGAAACUGCACCCCGUCGACUACGAUCUGCGACGGUACGGACGACUGCGGAGACGGCAGCGAUGAGCAGAACUGUGACCUCCCGUGCCCGGUUUCGGACUUCAAGUGCCGCUCCAGCGGACGGUGCAUCCUGGACAGUUGGAAGUGCGACGGUGAUGCGGACUGCAAGGACGGAAGUGAUGAGGAUCCGGAGAUUUGCCACAAACGAGCCUGCGAUCCGGACACGGAGUUCAGCUGCAAGAACGGCCGCUGCAUUCCGAAGCUGUGGAUGUGUGACUUCGACAACGACUGCGGAGAUGACUCGGACGAACCGGCCUACAUGUGCCGACAGAGGAACUGCACCACCGGGUGGUCUCGCUGCCCGGGCCAGUCCAACUAUCGCUGCAUUCCGAAGUGGCUGUUCUGCGACGGUAAGGACGAUUGCCGCGACAACAGCGACGAGCUGCCGGAGAACUGCCCCAAAUGUAACCUGGAGACGGACUUCAAGUGUAACAACAAUCGGUGCAUUCCGAAACAAUGGAUGUGCGACUUCGCUGAUGACUGCGGUGACGGAAGUGAUGAGUCGGACGCACAGUGCAAGGGCAAGUACCGCGAGUGUUCCGAAUCGGAGUUCCGUUGCGGCAAUGGUAAGUGCAUUUCCAGCAGAUGGCGUUGCGAUCACGAGGACGACUGCGGCGACAAUAGCGACGAGUUCAACUGCGAAGGAUUCCAGUGCAAGAAUGGCACGUUCCAGUGCAACUCGGGACAUUGCAUUGCUUCGUACUUCCGGUGCGAUGGUGAUCGUGAUUGUCGCGAUAUGUCGGAUGAGAUUGGAUGUCCACCAAGGUUCCCAGGAGGGCGGUACUGUCCGGAAUCGAGAUUCCAGUGUGCGAACAAUCUGUGCGUGUCACCGUCGGACCUGUGCGAUGGCACCGAUGAUUGCGGCGACAACUCGGACGAAGCUACUUCUGUUUGUACGAACUUCAACUGCGAUACGCUCAGGAGGUUCCAGUGUGCAAAUCAUAGAUGCGUUGCACGUUACCAAAUUUGCGACGGAGUGGAUAACUGCGGCGAUGGCUCGGAUGAAAAUAACAUGACGCUCUGUGCAACUCGGCAGAAGCCUUGCGACUUGUACACACAGUACCAGUGCGCGAACAAGAAGUGUAUCGAUCGUGCCCAGAUUUGCGACUACGCCGAUGACUGCGAAGACAGUUCAGAUGAGCUGGGUUGUCAUCACACGAGUACUUGCUCGGCAUUGACUAGGGGAGGUUGCGAGCAUCACUGUCACAACCUGACAGACGGUGGCUACAUCUGCGCGUGCUAUCCAGGAUUUAUCAUCGAUGCGGAAAACAAGAAGCACUGCCUGGACAUAGACGAGUGUGCAACGGGAACGCACAAGUGUUCACAAAUGUGUACCAACUUGAACGGCACCUAUGCCUGCUCAUGUCGCGACGGUUUCCGGUUGACAGAUGCCGUUUCCGGUGUGUGCAAGGCCCUGAAGGAAGACGUGACGGUUGUAUUCAGCAGCGGUCCGGAGAUUCGGGCAUACGAUCUGAAGCUAAAUGAUCAGUUUGAUGUAAUAUCGGGUGAGAAGAGAAUCGAAGCAUUGGACUACAACCCAUCCACGCAAAUGAUCUUCUGGGCGGAUAGCUACGAUAAAACGAUCAAGCGAAGCUACAUGGUUAACGCCAAGAACGGAGAAGUGAAGAUCGGCUUUGCUCAGGAUCUGAACAUGAAGGGUAACUCGAAACCAACCGCGCUGGCCGUGGAUUGGAUUGCCGAUAAUCUGUACUGGGCCGAAACGGAUCGUACGGGCUCGAAACCUAGGGGAAGAAUCAUGGUUGCCAAGACCGAUGGUCGGUAUCGUAGAGCGCUGGUUAAUGCUGGACUGGAGGUGCCGACUUCGAUCGCUGUAGAUCCACAGCUUGGGCGUAUGUACUGGGCGGAUGGCGGAUCUGCACCGAAGAUUGAAGUUUCCUGGAUGGACGGAUCCAAGAGACGACCUCUGAUAACGGAAGCUAUUCGGCAUCCAGCUGGAUUGACCAUCGACUACGCGCAAGACCACAUGGUCUACUGGGUGGAUACGAAACUAAACACGAUCGAGGUCAUGAAACCAGAUGGAUCGAUGCGACGGGCCAUUCUGAAGGGUGAGAUGUUGAAGCAUCCGGUUUCGCUGGAUGUGUUCGAAUCGUUCCUGUACUGGAUCACCCGAGAUACUGGCGAACUGCUGCGACAAGACAAAUUUGGCCGGGGAGUGCAAGUGGCGGUGCAACGAAGCCUUGCCAAUCCAUCUAAUCUGAAGGUUUACCACGACCUGCGUUACAAUACCUCGCUGAAUAAUCCGUGCUUCAAGAAUGUGUGCACCCACUUGUGUUUGCUGGUUCCAGGUGGCAGGCGGUGCGCCUGUCCGGAUAACACCGUCCAGCAGACGUCCCAUCGCAUCACGACGGAGGUCGUUUGCGAUGCUCCUUCCGAGCAUGCUCGACCUCUUCCACAGAUCUGCCCGUGCCAGAAUGGUGGACUGUGCCAGGAGGACGACAGCGGCAACGGUUUGGUGUGCAUGUGUCUUCCAGAAUUCAGCGGACAGCACUGUGAGUUCUACAGUGAACGAAUGUUCGGAUCCAGUCCGGGCAGUGCCGCUGCCAUCUACAUCCCGAUCUUGGUGGCCAUUCUAAUAGCGGCCACCGUUGGGCUGUACUUCAUCAUCAAGAAGAGGCCAUUUGGCAAGCCAAGCCUAACGUCUUCGCAGAGUGUGUCGUUCCGACCUGGUACGAACGUGGAGUUCAACUCGCCCGAUUUCCCAUCGAAUCGACCACCGACCGGGGUGAUACCGGCCGGCGGUGGCAUAGCCCCCCUGGACGGCUAUAGCCUGGAUACGCUGAGCAACAAGAAUACGGACUUCAGCAAUCCCAUGUACGAUGCGGUGCAGUCCGGUACGACCGAUCCCAGCAUGGGUAACGGGUCAGGAAUCUACGAAGUUCCCAUGGAGGCCAAGAACAGUAAAUCUGUAAGUGGCCCAUUCACGGAACCGGUGUCGGCCAUCCUGGCGCCAAGUAGCAUAACGCAUCGUACGUCACCGCAGCUGAAUCUGCGCCCGAAGGAGCUGAGCCCUUCGUCCCAUGACACCGGCAAGGAUACCCAGCUGCUGGUGGAGGAGGACAAAUCCGAGUGCUGAUAAGGUAUCCAAGUCUUUAACAACCGAAACGGAAACAUUCACAAGUACAUACACAUCUACAAAUUUGAAAGAGAGAAAGAGAGUGAGAAUCAAUCGUACACCAAGCGACGCCACGCCCGCACUCACACAAACGCACUAUACACUGGACGAAAACGGUACGCCCACAGCGUACGAUAAUAUUUAUGACUUUUUUUUUAUUGAAUUUUAAACUUUGUUGAUUGGAGCCAAGCUCAUGUGGAAAAGUGCGCAGAAUGCUAACAAAAAAUACGAACAUUCCAGAAAAGGUUGACCUUAUACAUAUUUAUACAUAGCAACAAGCACUCGAGGAAACACCCAUACGGAUCCCGCACAAGCGCACACAAGGGCAAGAGCGUGAACGGGCUUUGUAAAUGAAAAUGUUUUUUGAUGAAACGUUUGUACAUAGGCAAUCUAAGUGUAGUAUCGUUAAUUUUUUUAAAAUUGAUAUUUAUAUACAUUUAAAGGCAAAACAAAUGUAGAAGAGCAGUGCUGAAAAGUAACCACGGAAAAAAGACAAAUGCAAAACGACAGAUCUUAAAACAUCACAGUUUUAGGAUAAAAUGUUAUUGAUAAAGUUAACAAUUGAAAAGAGUUGCUUUUUUACUGUGAAAUAAAUAACAUGUGCAACUUUAAUUGAUGACUGAUUUGCAAUCAACACUCCCUAAACAUACACAAAUAUACACAUUCGCGGAGAAAUCGUUUUCUAAAGAUGUAGAUCUGUUAAAUGGUUUAGAAUUUUUAAUGCGAGAAAGAGAAACUGAAAGUAUGAGUAGAAAUGAUAGCGAGAGUGAUCAUUGUCUUGAUAUUGAAUCAUAUUUAGAGUAUGAAAGUGGUGAUAUUUUCAAAAGAAUAAAACAUUCCUUCACUGAAAGUCAACUAAAAAUCAUGGAUUCAAUCAACCGAACAGAGUUAUCGACCAGAUAUCCGUCCAAAAAUAGAGGAAACAUAACCUUUCCGCUAUGCGUGAUGCAGACGGAUCGAGCACCGAAACUAGUAAAUCUCAGUCCAAACAGAGAGGAGAAAAUAUUCCCUGCAAUAUCGUCAAUGGUAAGCCACUGUGCCCCGUUAAAUAGAAGUAUGUAUUUGGAGACAGUCCUGUCUCUGUGUAACUAUAAAGUACUAACCAUUACCCGUGAGUUCGUUCUACUUGAAUAACUGAAAGUGAGUGAUUUCCCUAAUGCCUAACUAAGUAGUGAGAGACAAAUAAUUAGAUGUUCUUUUUUUUAUACAUACUUGUGUAGGGGAGAACCAAAAUAUGGGUAGACCUGCUUUUCCUCUCAACUAUGAAACAUAUCAAAAGGAAGCAGUCGGAGUUUUUGAUAUUCCGACACAGACCAAUCAAGAUGCAAAAAAAGUAUCAAGCAGCAAUGCUGGCGGCCCCAAUUGAAGGCGGGGCCGAACGGUAAAACGCAAUAUUUAAGAUGUGGUGAAAGCACAAUAAGCGAAGCAGGAAGAGAAAACAAAAACAGUUGUGAACGAAUGUGUGCUAUGCAUUCGCGAUUCAGAGAGCAAGAGACAGAGAUAAUUAUUUUAAAGAACUGUUUUAAUAAAAAUUAUUUUAAAGAUAA